GACCCAGCCCCAAAGCCGCGGCAGGGCCGGGGGGGUCCCAGGAAGAGCUGCAGGGCUGGGCCGAGCUGGGGCGGCCCCGGGGGUCCCCUGGGACCCCCAACCCCAGCGCGUGGCCGUGCAGAACCCGCCCCGGCGCCGCAGGACGGGGCAGCGCCGGCACCCGGAGCCGCAGGGCCACGCAGGGUCAGCACCCAGAGCCGCAGGGGCGUGCAGGACCAGCACCCAGAGCUGCAGCACCGCGCGGGGUCGGCACCCGGCGCCUCAGAGCCGUGCAGGACCUGCCAACAACGUUGCAGGGCCGCGCAGGACCAGCACCCAGCGCCUCAAGGCCGUGCAGGACCAGCACCCAGUGCCACGGGGCCGUGCAGGACCCACGAAUGUUGCUGUGGGGCCACGCAGGCCCCGCGUUUGUCACAGCGAGGCCACGCAGGGCCUGCAAUCGGCACUGCAGGGCCACGCGGCACUACACCCAGUCUGGGGGCUGUGCAGGACCCACAGCCAGCGCUGUGGAGCCAUGCAGGACCCACAGCCGGUGGCAUGCGGCCCUGCAGGACCUGCAGCAGUGCUGCAGGGCCAUGCAGGACCCGCAGUGCCCACCGUGCCCCACGCAGGACAGGACGCCCACGGCCAUGCCAGCCCCACCGACGGGGUCGUGGGGCCGUGCAGGGUCAGACAGCAGCAGGCAGGACCUGUGCCCGGUGCAGCAGUCCUGGGCCACCCUGUGCCACCCGGCCCCGGGAGCGAGCAGGAGCCCAGAGCCCGGGGCCAGUCCCAGUCCCUCCUGCCUCGCCACCUUCACUCCCCGGCAAAGCCAGGCCCCGCGGCGCCCCCACCGCAGCCGCCCGCGCCAGCUCAGCUCCCCGUGCCCCCCGCACCCAGAGGGGCCCCCGAGCCCCCAGUAGCACCAGGAGGGAGGGGAGCUGGGGGCCCCUCGGCCGCCCCGUCGCUCCCAGCACCUCAGAGCGCCG